AUGGCCUUUUGGUGCUGCCAAGCGAGGGAGGAGGAGCAGGAGUUAGUAGUGGAUGACUUCCUGUUCAAGGGCAAGCAGCCGGAGGCGAAGCUCUACUCUGACGCGCCGAGCCACCAAGAAUCUUUUGGCAGCACUGUGGAUGCUGACGUCACAGGGGACGCUGAUGAUUCGACUAGUGCUCUCAGCGACCCCUCGGAGCCGCCCGCCUGCCUCCAGCAGGACAUCGCCCGAGCCUUGCAGAGCUGCCGGCUGCUUGAGGCCAAAGAGCUCUUGUCGAGGCCGGAGAAUGAUAAGGAGAUCGCGUUGGCAGCACGACUCGACGUGCUGGCAAGGCAGUACGAGGACUCGCAGCGCAUCCUCAACACUCCAUCCGAGGAGAUGACGGUGAACGACCGGGUCAAAGAACUGAACUUCGAGUAUGGGAUGAGUUUGGAGACCCAUGGCUUUCGGCUCGUGGUGAACGUGGAGUGGCACCUGGACAGCAUGGAGGAGCUGCUUCGCUACGCUGCACUGUACAUCAGCAAGGACAGCCUGAACCUGCACAGGGGCUGUAAGGUCCAUUUAACCUUGGCAGGUGGCCAGCUUUAG